AUGCGCAUCCUCUGCCUCCACGGCCGAGGCACCAGCGCCCAAAUCUUCAAAUCCCAAACCACCUCCUUCCGCACCCGCCUCCAAGACCUCCCCAUAACCUUCGACUUCAUCGACGCCCCCUACCCCACCACCCCAGCCUCAGGAAUUGACCUCUUCUACGACCCUCCUUACUACACCUUCUGGCCCGAUGACUCCCCCACCUCCCUCCAACAAGCCAGAACCUGGCUCCUAGCCUACAUCGCCCAAAACGGCCCCUACGACGCCGUCCUCGGCUUCUCCCAAGGCUGCACCCUAGCAGCCCUAACCCUCCUCCUCCACGCCCACGAAUCCCCAUAUACACCCCCACCUUUCAAAGCAGCCAUCUUCAUCUGCGGCGGUGCACCACUACCCCUCCUCGAGGAACUGGGGUAUACCAUCACCCCCGAGAUGAAAUCCCGGGAUACAGAGUCUAGGAAGAAAUUAUCGAUCCAGGCUGAUUCGGCUGCUAUUCUGGCGCAGGGCGCGGAGAGGUGGAGCGGUAGUGGGGAUGGUGGGGAGGGGAUUGAUGAGGAGGGGAUUCGGGGAGAGAUUGAGCGGUGUGGGAUUGGGAAGGUGAAGAUUGGGGUUCCGACCGUGCAUGUUUAUGGACGAAAGGAUCCGAGGUUUUCGGCUGGAGUGCAGUUGUCGGGGGUUUGUGAGGGGGGUAUUAGGAGGUGUUUUGAUCAUGGGGGUGGGCAUGAUAUUCCCAGGUCGUCGGGGGUUAGUGAGAGGUUGGCGGAGCUAGUGAGGUGGGCUUUGAAGGAGGGGGGUGUUGUUUAG